UCCGGAUCCCCGGACACCCCCGGACACCGGGACAUCCCGGGACAUCUCAGCGCUCCCGGACCCACCCGCCCCGGGGCAUUGCAGGACCCCCAAAUCCCCCCUAACCUCAGCGCCCCGGCUCCCACCCGCCUCGGGACCCCCUCGGACCCCGGGGCAUCCCCGCACCUCAGCACCCCGCCAUCCUCCCGGUUCCGGGACCCCUCGGACCUCCGCGCUCCGGGACCACCCCCGGACCUCACGACCCCCGACCCCGCGGAGCCCGGGGCAUCCCCUCCCGUCCAUCCCGGGACCUCCCCGGUGCUUUGCUCUCCUCCCACUCCCCCCGAGUCGCCCACCCCCGGUUCCCGGUGCCCCCCCCCCCCCAGCGGCCCGGGGCCGGACUACAACUCCCGGCGGCCCCCGGGCUCGGUGCCCCGCCUCCCGCCGCCUCCCGCCGCUCCGCUCCCGCCAUGGCGCGGUUCGAACCGGCGGCGCUGCCCGAGCUGCUCCCGGUCUUCUACCGGCGGCUCUUCCCGCACGGCCCCUACGGCCGCUGGCUCAGCUACGGCGGCGUGGUGAAGAACUACUUCCAGCUGCGGGAAUUCUCCUUCACCCUGCGGGACGAUGUCUACCUGCGCUUCCAGUCCUUCAACAGCCCCCAGGAGCUGGAGCGGGAGCUGCAGAAGAUCAACCCCUACAAGAUCGACAUCGGCGCCGUCUAUUCCCACCGGCCCAACCAGCACAACACGGUGCCCCUGGGAGCCUUCCAGCCGCAGGAGAAGGAGCUGGUCUUUGACAUCGACAUGACGGAUUACGACGACGUCCGGACGUGCUGCAGCUCGGCCGAUAUCUGCUCCAAGUGCUGGACGCUGAUGACCAUCGCCGUCCGCAUCAUCGACCGCGCGCUCGUGGAGGACCUGGGCGUGCGGCACCGCCUGUGGGUGUACUCUGGCAGGAGGGGCGUGCACUGCUGGGUGUGCGACGACGCCGUGAGGAAAUGGUCCCCAGCGCUGAGGGCAGCUGCUGUGGAGUACCUGAGCCUGGUCAAGGGCGGGGCAGACACGGUGAAGAAGGUGACCCUGUCCCACCCCGUGCACCCCUUCAUCAGGCGCUCGGUGGCCGUGGUGCAGAAAUACUUUGAGGAGCACGCGCUGCUGGGCCAGGACAUCCUGGGCUGCCCCGAGAGGUGGGACAAGGUGCUGGCCCUGCUCCCCGAGGAGCUGCGGGAGCCGCUGCAGGCCGAGUUCCCCAGGAGGAAGGACUCGGUGCAGCGCUGGGAGCUGCUGCGCGCCCGCGCCGAGCGCGAGCGGGAGCGGGGCCGCCUCUGCUACCCCGACUGGGAGGUGAUGCUGCAGCUCUGCUUCCCCCGCCUCGACGUCAACGUCAGCAAAGGGCUGGGCCACCUGCUCAAGAGCCCCUUCAGCGUGCACCCCAAAACAGGGCGCAUCUCGGUCCCGCUGGACCUGCAGAGGCUGGAGCAGUUCGAUCCAUUUUCCGUCCCCACCAUCACGUCGCUGUGCCAGGAGCUGGACGCGGCCGGCAGUGAUGGCGAGCAGGAGGAGGGGGGGGACACGGAGCCCAAACGGCGCACGAGGGACUACAGGAGGACGAGCCUGGCCCCGUACGUGCGGCUCCUGGAGCAGUUUGUGGAGGAGAUGGAGAGCGCCCGGCGGGGAGAGCGCAUCCGCCGCAGCGAUCUUCAAGGAGAUUUCUGAGGCCUUGCCCCUGCCAGCGUCUCCCGUGUUGUCACUGUCACCUCCCCUGGCCGUGGGGGUCCCGUGGAGCGGCCAAACCCCCCGUGGCCCCGGUCCCUGCCCCGUUUUUGUCCCUUUUGUACCGUUUUUUACUCAAAACCCAUUAAAUCUUUCUGCUCA